CCCACACAUGUGACUGAGCACAUGGUCGUGACGUCAUGAAAGGUCCUUUACCUUCACUAGGAUCUUACGGUUAUCGUCUACUGUGGGAGAGAUUCCGUGUAUAAGGCCUGUGUAAUCAGAGAUUGUGACGUCACAAUGCCUAAAGCACCACCGAAUAAAGGUAAACCAGAAAACAAGGUCAUCCAUCCUUACAGUAGAAAAGCUGCUCAGUUAGCACGAGAAGGCCACAAGCAAGACAGAAAAGAGAAGUUGAAGAAUGAGAAAGCCUUGAAGUUAAGCAUUCUUCGUGAGAAACUUGAGUGGUUUCAAAGCCAUCUUGAUCCUAACAAAACAGAGUACACUAAGAAGGAAGCAUGUGAGCUAAUUGAAAGCUAUUUACAUCGCUUCGAUAGUGAACUGGAACAAAUUGAAUUGCAUAACAGCAUCAAAGGUAGACAAGCCAGACAGCAUGGCUCCCGGGAGACCGUCAUUAAACAGACCAUAGAGCGCGAAAGAAGACUGUACGACGGAUAUGGGAUGGAGAUACCAGAUAUUGCGAAUACAAAACACUUAAAAACCUUUAGAGAAUGGGAUUUGGAUCUAAAGAAGCUGCCAAACAUUAAAAUGCGCAAAUUUUCAGUCAGUGAAUCAUUACCUAAAAUUAAGAAAGACGUUGCAGCAGAAGAUUCUGAAGUUGAAGAGAAAAUAGAAAGUAAAGACGAGUCUGACGACAAUGGAAGCGAGUGAAGUGCGCCAAGAGACUGUUAAAUUUACCUCUAAAAUCCAGAAAGAGCAGAACAAUCAAGACCGCAACGCCUUGUAAACCGAGUCUGCAGUGAAAACCCCGUUUUUGGAUUUGGAAGUAACUGUGACUCCCGACAGAAUGAAAUGCAAAAGUCAAAUCUUUGCAAGUUUAUUUUGUGUUAAUAAUUCAUCUUGGUGGGAGCUGUUCACACAAGAGCCACGCAGAAAACAUGUUUGAUAUUUCUGUAUUUGAGUCUGCUGAGGAAUACGGCUCCGCGUGUCUCAAGUGAGAUGAUUAAGCGAAGCGAGGAGAUUUCAGUAAGAAUUAGCUGCACUUCAUGUGCUGCAAUUAAUUGCUGUCUUGGGCUGAGGACUUUGCAUGAAUUUUAAAAGGAUCUGUGUGGUAUUUCUUCUCUUGUAGACAUACAGUAUAUUUUUAAAGGCAGAUGAUAUAUUAUCUUCGCUGUUGCUAUUACUGUUGACUAAACUCUGAGUAUUUCUGGAUAAUGUCAUUCUUUAAAUAAAUCCUACAUUUUAGGGUCUCAAAAUGG